AUGAAAAUUAUCGCGUUUCUCAACCCUAAAGGGGGUUCUGGUAAAACGACUGCGGCGAUCAACGUCAGUAGCUGCCUUACCGGUUCGGGUAAGAAAAUUGCAGUUGUAGAUACAGACCCGCAGAUGAGCCUGACUAACUGGAAUAAAGCAGAGAAAGCAGAAUUCGAUGUUUACACCGCAGCAUCAGAGAAAGACGUUUACCAAGUAAGAAAGGAUCUUGCUGAAUAUGACUUUGUCAUUAUUGAUGGUGCCGGUUCUCUGUCAGUUAUUACUUCAGCAGCCGUGAUGGUCUGCGAUCUUAUUAUCAUCCCGGUAACCCCCAGCCCUCUGGAUUUUUCCGCUGCCGGUUCUGUAGUCACUGUGCUGGAAGCCCAAGCUUAUAAUCGUCCGGUAGAAGCUCGAUUCCUCAUCACACGUAAAAUUGAACAAGCCACCAUGCUUAAUGUCUUGAAAGAUAGCAUUGCUCAGACGGGUAUUAAGCCGUUUAAAACAGCGAUAACACAACGCCAAAGUUAUGUUAAAUCCGUGAUGGAAGGUGAGAGCGUUUUCGAUACCAACGAUGGGGCAGCAAAGGGAGAGAUCGCCAUUCUGACGCGAGAAAUACUUGAAUUAUUUGAGUAA